GCGUAUCUGUUUACUCGGUUCGUUCGCACCCCCACUCACAGUCAACCUCGGGUCUUCCUUUCCUACCUUGCCGUGUCUGGAUCGCUGGAAUACGUGACCAUCACAGUCAUUCUCUGCUGUUCGCUCACUCUGCUGUUCACUGUCCGCUGGAUCGAUCGACAACACAGCAUUGCGCCGCCUUGGUAGUUCGUACACAUACAUACAGCAUGGGCAAUAUGGUUUCCAACGAAAGAGGAGCUACGGGCACCGGUACCAGUACAGCCAUCCCCACCCGGACCAACCAGAAAAAAGCCUCGGCACAAGCCGUUCAACCACCUCCCUUGUGGAACGAAUCCUCCAACAAACAGUCCUUCCACCUCGAUUCACCCGGCUCGGACUUGUCCAAUCCUUCGCAGUUCCGACACCGCCACCGUCACACCGUCAGCAACAGCAAUAUUCAUGGUCAAGCGCAAACACCGCUUCGACUGCGGCGUCGGGCCUCCAAGGUUGUCAGCAAGUCACACAUCGCCACCAUGGAAUCCUCGCUUCCGUACGGUGAUUACUCCAAACGGACCAGUUUGCCCCCGCCUUCCCAGUUUUAUUUUGGCGCUGGCUUUGGCAACGUCGAUAACGCCAGCGCCAGCUUUCUCGAGGAUCGCGACGAGCAAGACUUGCUGGACCCAAGCGCUCCCGAAAUGGCCGUCUUCCGCCGAUUCCGGUUGGCGGCCAACACUGCCGGGGUGGGACGAAUGGAAGAGGACGCCGCUAGGCGUCGGGAACAGAUUCUGACCUCGCGCCAGCAACGCAAAAUUUGGUUCAAAUCGCGUCGCAAGGCUUUGCAGCAGAAGGCUCGUCGUGCCAAAACUAUGCUUUCCGCUUGUUGGGAAGAGCGACGGGGUAUGUGCAUCGUCAUUCCCGACGUGCAGCACCCGCAAGAUGGGCGUCCCGAGGCGGCAUCCUACCCACCACACGUUGCGGUAGACUCCAUCACCACGGACCCACUACGCCGGGUUUCGUCUACCUCUCGUCGCGUUUCCGAGGAACCCCCCAUCGUCGACGGUACUGGUCCGAUGCAGUUUGAUCCGCCGCAAGUCCGCGUGCUGGAUGAGAAUCAGCAGUCUCGCAACUUUGAUUCGUUUUACGACGAACUGACCGUCACGGCGGCGCCUUUUGCGCCCGUGUGGAAGGAGACAAAGCAGCCCAAACACGACGAACACUCACGGGUACCCGUCGCUGCCGAGGUUCCAUUUUAUUUGUACGAUCCCCAACGUAUUUUGGAAGGAAUCGUCGACUCCUCCGAGUCUCCGACGACCGCCACAACGUCGACGAAGCUCCAGCAAUCGCGCCGUCGUACAAGUGCGAGGUACGUGGAUCGUUCGGCGUCCCCCGUGGUCGCACUCUUUUCCGACGACGACGAAGACCAGUACGAUCGCAUCGGUGAUGAUGACUACACCACCAAGAGCAUCGAGACCAGUGACAAAUACAAGACCGAGAAAGACGACGAUAAUGACACCAACAAGACUCCAUCUUCAUCCAAAACCCUGUCAAAUCGGUCGUCACCCUUUGACGAAGACUCGGUAUCGCAAGAACCAGCGGAAACGCCCAACGACGAAAACGCUUCCGUUGUGACUCCGUCGACGGUCCAGGACCAGCCGAUAGCGGUGCGUCGAUCCUCUACACAGUCUUGUUUGGACCGUGAAAGCAUUGAAGCCAACGUCCAGCAACAAAUAGACCAGCAACAGAAGGGCGUCGCCGUCACGCAGAAACACCAAACGCGACACCGCCCGAGUCUUGCAGAACGGGCCGAGGAUCUGGGAAGUUACGGCAGUGAUCCACCCCAAACCAAGGCCCGAGCCGUGACGCAGGCGACAAAAAAGGGAGAUGCUCCUCUAGAUCAAGCCACAACCCGAGUAACCGCUCCGGAGUCCCGCAAGCCCGUGGUGGGGCAUACCAGUACCGCCAGCAUUCGAGUGGCCCGCACGUCGGAAUCAACGGAACCGAUCCAAACAGCGCACGCCGUUGCAGCCAAGAAAUCAGGCAAGGUCGAGUCAGUCCAACCGAAGCCAGCCAAGACAGUUCAACCGCAAGAAUCCCGUCAAUCGUCUUCUUCCCAGAACUUGCCCAUAUUGCUCCAGCUGGCGGGGUGGAGAGCACCCAGCGCGACAACCAACAAAGGGCAACGGAACAGCAACGGCUCAAAUGCAUCUACUUCGACUGCAGCAGGUGUUGCCAAACAGCCCAACAACAUUCCCAUCUUGUUGCAGCUUGCUGGUUGGAAGACCGAAAAUACAAAGGAUAAACAGGGCAUCCAGAGACUAACUCUUACGGAAAAGCAGCUCUCCCAAGGGCCCCCGGGCCGACGUAGUAACGUCAUGGCGACGCGAACGGUUGCACCGACUCGGCGUCGUCAGAGUGCGCCACCACUGUCGGCCGUUCCGAAAGACGGCAAUCGGGCUUCCAAUCGAGAAUCGAGCGCCUCUGAACCAAUCUUCCGGAAAGGAACAACAUCCCAAAUCCAAAAGGAGAAUCAGGGUAAGAACAUUGCCACCAUACUGCAGCAAACGUAUCCAAUUGCGACGGCCUUCUCUAUGGAUGCGAUCCAUGACCUUCAACCGGCACAGGUGCGUUUUGAUCCGAAUCACAUUAAGAAAACUGCCAAGGCGGGAUCGCGCCCGCUCUCCACGGCUGUAGGAGUUGUUUCAGUGAAUGGAUCAAACGAGAUUAGUACGGGGCUGAAAAGUCCGGCGGCCUCUUCAACGUGCACUACGGAAACACCUCUGAGUCAAGGAUCUAUUCCCAUACUGUCAGAGGAGGCUAUGGGUAACGCGGCCUUCUUGUUCUCUCCCAGUUAUAUGGGGAAUGACAAGGCAUCCUCAGAGCAAAUGAGAUUGGCACCACCAGCGGGAGUUAUGCACCGUGAUCACGCUUCUUCCUUUGCCUUGUCAACCUUCGAUUCCCGCUGUCGUGUUUCUGGAUCUUCCCUCUCGACCAAACCAGUCGCGAUUCGUCCCCUUCACAAUGUUGUCGACGACAGUGGCAGCAACCGUAGCUAUCAUACCAACAGCAAGACUGUUUGGAGCAUUGAUGAGGCUCCCAAGGAGGGCAGUGACGUCGGUAAACGCAAUAGCAGUAUAACAACGUAUGACGAUACCAUGCGAGGAAAGUUUGCGAGCAAGGAAUCACAAAAGUUUGAAAUGCCACCAAUUGUUCAUGCACUCUCGGAUCUCACUGAUACGACUGGACGGGAGAGUGGAAUGGGCACAA